ACGAAGCUGUCAAUAAAACAGAAAAUUUUCCACAAGCAUCCAUAAGCCAGUAGAAAACAGGAUUAUACCUUGUACAGGGGCAAUGAAAUUUAUUUGCUUACUAAAAAUAACACGACAGUUUUGGGAAGAACCAGCGGGUAUAUAUAAGAUGAUUGAUCAAACUCUAACCUGAGGACCACGUAUACAGACAUUGGUUAUUAUGAGACUUCUACUGCUGGCAAUUGCAACAGUCCUGGUUGUUGUUUACGGGAAAAAUGACCCUCUUGGCCCCCUUAUUGGACCCCCUCCCCGGCCCCAAUCAAACCUUGCUGGUGGGGGGCUUGUAGCUGUCGGUUCGAUUACCGUUCUGUCUCUUGCAGCUACAGCUACGAUAAUGGGCGCUAGGAUUCAAAAAGUUCAAAGAGAUUGUAAUGAGAAAAUAGGCGAUCUGGAAACCAUGCUAAUAUACAUUAAAGAGCGAUGUUUCAGGAAAGAAAAAGAAUUGGAGACGGUUAUUGAGUACAUUUGUGCGGAAACAACAGAAGAUCCCGCGGCCUGUGUGAGAUGCGCCAGGUUUUUGGCAGACAGAGAAGCUUGCGAGGCGGAAGUAGAUGAAAAUGGAAAUGCAAUAUGUAAGUUUGUAGAAAAUGAAACCGACCCCCCUGGAUAUUGUGUUGUCAACGCAGCUGAUGGAAACGGUGGCGGAAAUGGCGGUGGAAAUGGUGGAGAUGGUUGAACUGGUGGAGAUGGUGGAACUGGUGGAGAUGGUGGAAAUGGUGGAGAUGGUGGAAAUGGGGGAAAUGGGGGAGAUUAAGGAAAUGGUAUCGAAAGUGACUUAAAUGGCAGAAAUGAUGAAAGAAGCGGUCGUGAAAACAUUGGUGAUAUUGGAAAUGGUGAUGCUUCAUGUAUGGCAGACAGUUCAAGAAGAAAUUUGUUCGAGAAACACUAUUUUUAUAGGUUUCUAAGUCAAUAAAACAAAUGUGCAGUUGAACCUACAUUUGUUAGUUGGUUUUAAAGAUGUGUAUUAUAUCAGUUCUUUUUAGGGUUUUAUU